UCAGAAUGCGACAUCCGCAUGCGGCUGCCCUGGGUGUCCAACGAGCACUGCAGGAUCGAGAUCAAUGAGAACAAGGAGGCAGUCCUGACCAACCUGAGCUCGGUGAACCCCACGCAGCUGAACGGGGCUUGCUUUGAGCAGCCUGUGCCCCUGAAGCACGGAGAUGUGUUAACCAUCAUCGAUCGUUCUUUCAGGUUUGAAUAUCCUCUGCAAUCAACACCGAAAAGGAAGCGUUCCAGGUCUCCAAAAGAUGAAACUCUGCAGGUUCUUCAUGUUCAGCAGGUGGCAGAAGUGGAAUUAUUACCCAAACAACCUCCAGGAGCUAAAAGUCUCGAUGCUUCAGAAAGCAAAGCAAAUGCUGAGUGUGAAGAAAAAAAUGCCAAUGAAAAGAAACAAACUCCAGAGAAAAAUCUUCCUGAAGCUUUCCCUGUCAAACUCCAAACACCCAGAUCUUCACAGAGAAUACAUCAUGUUCUUAAAAAGCAAAAUGAAAUGUCUCCCUUUAGUCAACUCUAUGAAAGAGUAAAAAAUGAACUGAAAGUUGAAAAACCUCUGCACAGGAGAAGUUCCUCUCAGCAAGCUGCAAAAGGAGACUCUGGGAGUGUUCUGCCAGAACCAAGUGCCCCCAUUUCAUCCCAGAGUUGUCCUUUUGAUCUGGGCAGCCUGGCCAAAAGAAAGGAAUCAGGCAGGAUGGAAAAUAUUGAAAAAUGUAUAAUUGUGAAAAGAGAAGAAGAAAACAGCCCAGGGUUUAAGCAGCUGUCAGCUGGGGGGAGAACUCCCAGGAGGAGUUUUACCAGGAGUCCUCAAGGUCCCACUUCAAAGGAGGUGUCAGCAGAGAGCAGUCAGGGUCCAUUGCAGGAUCCCAAGGGAUCGAGGACACCAGGCACUUGCAGAGGUGCUGCAGUUACACCCAGAGCCAGCAAGGAGCCCCACAGCAGCUCGCUGGUGUUGCUGGAGCAGUGCUCCAUAGAAAGGUUUGAGUGCCCAGUUCAGAGGGCAGUGUGCAUUCCCAGCAGUGCUGCAGCAGCAGCUCCCUGUGUGCUGAGCACACCAAGGCCCCUGAGGAGGAGUCCUCGCUCUGCUCCUGUGUCACUGCCCAGAGGGAGCUCUGGAGUGAGCCCUGGGAACCCUGGCACUCCAAGGACCCCACGGCGUGGGUCACUCAGGCUGAAGCCACUUCCAGAGAUCCCAGCUGCAGCUCCAAGGGAAGAUUCAGCGUGCAGAAUUGAGGACACACAGCUGCCUCUGCCAGAAGAGAAAAGCUUAAAGCCGAGACGAAACAGCAAACAACAAACACCAGGAAAACCUGCCCAGCAGGUGCUGAAGGAAAUCUGGGAUCAGGCAAACCUGGAGAACUCAGAGGUGGGACAUUGUGAAACCCCUGCCUCUCUCUCUGAUUCCAAGAGUCCCAGAAGAAGCAGCAGGGAAAGUAAAGAAUUUUUGGACAAAAAUGCCCAUUCAGAGGCAUUGGCUGCAGAGGAGAUGUUGGCAUCUCCUGCUGGUCAGACACCUGGAAGGAAAAGGGGGAGGCAAAGGAGCUCUGGAGGGCUGGCUGAAACAGCACUGCAGGCAAACACUGCUUUGGAGCAGCACAAUUCAGGCAGAAAAGCCAGGGGAGCUCCCGCAGAGCUGGCCGUGGGCAGGAGUCACCAAAACCAGGGUUUGGAAGUCACCAGUGCUACAAGACCUCAGAGACCAUCAGGCAGGAGAUCUCCUGGAAGUGCUGCUGAGCUGGGAGACACUGAGCCUGGCUCAGAAACCAAAACUUUGGGCCUCUUGCAUGGAGAAGACUCAGGCAAGACAAAAAGAAUCUCUCAGAAGAGGAAAAGUGGUGAAAUGCUCCCUCAGGCUUUGGGCAAAAGGAAGAGAGUGUCCUUUGGUGGCCAUCUGAGCCCAGAACUCUUUGAUAAAAGUUUGCCUCCCAACUCUCCCCUGAAAAGAGGAGCCCUCCCUGCCAGGAGGAGCUUACCCCAUGGAAACUCUCCUCGGGCUGUGCUCAAAAAGGCUCAGAGCUUGAAGCACUUGAUAGAUCAGGAAGAGAAAAAGUCACCCAAAAAUUGCCCAGGCCAGCAGCCCCCAGGUGCCUCAUCCCCUGUCCCAGCCCCCAGAACCCCUGUGGGCUCUCCAGCCCCCUUCAGGAAAGGGCGAGUCUCCAUCUCCCAGCCCCCCUCUCCACUCCCAACUGCAGAGGAGAAGGAUGCUGGCACACAAGGCUUGGAUCCCGAGGGGAGGAGUGGUGCCCAAGGGAGAACCCCCAGAUCUUCUCCUGCUGCCCAGGAUGCCAAAGCCUCGGGGGCAGGGACACCUGCCAGGUCAGCCAGAGGUGCCCAGCUGUGCCUGAGGGGCUCUGCCAGGAGGAGCAGAGGUGGGGCUGUGGCUGUCAUCAGUGCCAAGAGGAGAAGUGGUGCCUCCAGUGCCAAUUUAUUAGUUGCAAAAUCUUGGGCAGAAGUGGUAAAACUGGGAGUUGCAAGACCACAGCCAAAGACUGCUAAAAAAACUGUCCGUAAAAGAAAAGCCCUGAAGAGAUUAAACCACCCACCAAAGACUCCAGAGAGGAAAAUAAAAGGUCACUUCAGCACAGGUCAUGCAGAGUCACCUGCUACCAUAGUUGUAGGUAGAGCUUAUUCCACCACAGUCAGGUCAGCUGGACAGGUCCCUAAAGUGGUAAAAAAUCCCAAGCUGAAGCUAAACAUGGACAUGGAUGAAAGUUUCACAGGGGUGCCUGAAAUGUUCCAAACCCCAAAAACUCAGGGAGGAAGAACGCUUCCUUUGGCUGCUGCUCAGAAUGCUGAUGUUACACCCCCGUGGGCUGCAGGGGACAUUUCUGACUUGCAGACUCCUGAGGAAUCUGGAGAGAUGCUGGUGUCACCAUUAAAUAAUUCAGAUGCUUCAGAGCAGAAGCAAGAGAGUCCAGGCAUAUUCCACCUUCUGAGAGAGGAGUCAUCUCCAUCUAUGUUUGAUGAAACAGCCACAAAAACUCCUGAAAAGAGAAAAGCUGUGCACAGAGAUACUGUGGGUAGUUUGGCAGUAACUCCAGCAAAACCAGCAUCUCUGGUGAAGUCAGCAGGUAAAAGGAGGACUCCAAAGCAGAAAGUGGAGCCACUUGAGGUCAUGUCAAGCAAAAGGAAGAUUUUAAGGACCCCUGAGCAAAGGUCAGAACCAGGAGAGGUUUUGUCAGGUAUCAAGAGACUCAUGAAGACCCCAAGGCAGAAGUCUGAGCCUGUAGAGGUUCUGUCAGGCAUCAAACAACUCUGGAAGACCCCAGACCAGAAAUUGGAGCCUACAGAGGUUUUGUCAGGCACCAAGCACCUCUUGAAAACCCCGGAUCAGAAGUUGGAGCCUGUAGAGGUUUUGUCAGGCAUCAAGCAGCUCUUGAAGACCCCAAAGCAGAAGUUGAAGCCUGCAGAGGUUUUGUCAGGCAUCAAGCAGCUCUUGAAAACCCCAGAUCAGAAGUUGGAGCCUGUAGUGGUUCUGUCAGGCAUCAAGCAGCUCUUGAAGACCCCAGAUCAGAAGUUGGAGCCUGUAGAGGUUUUGUCAGGCACCAAGCACCUCUUGAAAACCCCAGAUGAGAAGUUGGAGCCUGUAGUGGUUCUGUCAGGCAUCAAGCAGCUCUUGAAGACCCCAGAUCAGAAGUUGGAGCCUGUAGAGGUUUUGUCAGGCACCAAGCACCUCUUGAAAACCCCAGAUGAGAAGUUGGAGCCUGUAGAGGUUCUGUCAGGCAUCAAGCAGCUCUUGAAGACCCCAAAGCAGAAGCUGGAGCCUGUAGAGGUUCUGUCAGGCAUCAAGCAGCUCUUGAAGACCCCAGAUGAGAAGUUGGAGCCUGUAGAGGUUUUGUCAGGCACCAAGCACCUCUUGAAAACCCCGGAUCAGAAGUUGGAGCCUGUAGAGGUUUUGUCAGGCAUCAGACAGCUCUUGAAGACCCCAAAGCAGAAGUUGAAGCCUGCAGAGGUUUUGUCAGGCAUCAAGCAGCUCUUGAAGACCCCAAAGCAGAAACUGCAGCCUGUAGAGGCUUUGUCAGGCAUCAAGCAUCUCAUGAGGACCCCAAAGCAGAAACUGCAGCCUGUAGAGGUUCUGCCAGAUAUCAAGCACCUCUUGAAAACCCCGAAGCAGAAGUUGGAGCCUGUGGAGGCCUUGUCAGGCAUCAAGCGCCUCAUGAGGACCCCACGGCGGAAGGCAGAGCCACUGGAGGACCUGUCAGGCAUUAAGCAGCUCCUGAGGACCCCUCAGCAAGAGCUGGAAGCAGUCACAGAUGAAAUUGCCUUGAAAAGGUUGCUGGAGACUCCAGCAGAGAGCAAGCAAGCAGUGAAAGCUGUGCCAGGUGAGACUUCAGCCAGGAAAAGGCCAAAGCUGAGAUCCCAGCCCGUGGAGGACAUGGUUGGCGUCAGCCGCAUUUUCCAGACACCAAAGGAGAAGGCGCAGCCUGUGGAAAACAUGUUUGGGAUUCAGAGAUUGGUGAAGUCUCCUAAAGAGAAAUAUCAACCAGUUGAGGAUUUUGUGGGGCUGCAGAGGCUCAUGGCAGAACCCAGGCAGAAAGCUUCUGAUUCUGAAGUGGACUACGCUGGUGUGACUGAAAUGUUUGGUACCCCAGAGGAAAUGAAGGUCAGAUCAGUAAAUGUUAUGGAUUCUCAGGGAGAAAUUUCACCUCCUGGUUCUAAUUCCAAUCAUAAACAUGAAGAGAAAGGAGAAGUUUCCCAAGGUGAAGAUUCCCAACAGAAGGACUCAGCUGGUGAAGAGCAGCCUACCCAGAGAGCCAGAAGGGGCAGGAGGGCUGUGCCUCCUGCUGCAGCAAAGCCAAGUGAAAAUGGUGUGAGUUCAAAGGAGUUGCCAAGUCCUGACACCCAAGAGGAGAUGGGAGUGAUCACACCUGAAAACAAGGGAAGAGCAAGGAGGACGAGGCGUUGCAUACAAGAAGUUGUUCCAAAGUGCCCUGAUCAGGAAGGGCUUGACAUUGUUUCAUCUGUGGAACCACCUGGAGCUGCUCAGAGAGCAGGGAGAGGUAAAAGGAAAGAGCUGAAGGAGUUAAAACCUCCAAAUGAACACCUGGAGUCUUGUGUGGAAGAUUCCUCAGUGCUACAAAAAGCACCUGCAGAUACCAAACAGAGUUUGCAGGAGUGUGGCACCAGUGAGACUGAAGGUGAUCCAGGCACAAAGACAGGAGCUGGAAACGUUCAGAGUGAAAUGUGGCAGCUGCAAACAGGUUUAAAUAACCCUGACAGGAAAGCUGCAGACAGUGGGAUGGAGGACAGUGGGGAAGUGCUCCUGUCACCGAGGAGGAGGCGCAGAGGAGUGGAGAACACAGAGCCAGUGAUUCCACCAAGGAGAGGGAGACGAGCAAGGAAUGACCAAGGUAAAGCAGCUUCUCCAGGAGACCUUCAUGGAACAACCAGAAAGCUUCGUAAAGACCCAUCCCCAAAGGUUUCACAGAGACAGGAGCAGCAUUGUGACAAAGCUCCUGAGGCUGUCACUGCACAAGAAUCUGAAAAUGGCACUAAACUUGAACUAGAGGCAACAGACAGAAGAGUUAAGUCUCUUAGAAGUACUAGAAACAGAAAGCACUCAGCUGAAAUAAAAGCAGACACUGGUGGGGUCGCACUUGAAAAUACACAAAACGUUCAGAAAACUGAGGAAACAUCAACUGAAACUGAUGCUGAAACACAAUCCCACGUGAAAAAUAAGAUGAAAGGAUCUCAGGGAUAUGAAACAGAAAAUGCUCAGGAAAAUACAACAGAGGCAGCUCGAAGAUUAAAGGCAGAGUCACCUUCUGCAGAGACAAACAAAAUGCCAGUCAGUGCUCAGAGCGUGGAAGCAAACAGGGCUAGAAACAGGAGAGGCAAAAAAGACUCUUUGGAGCAAAAAACUGAGGAAUUUACGGAAAAUGUGAACAGCCUAAAACCAAUUGCUCCCAAAUGUAAGUCAGAAGUAGAUGAGUCUUCUCUGCAGGAUGCUGUGGGCUCUGUUUGUGGCAGUGCAGCCCAGGGCAGGGAGGAGCAGCCCAGGCCAGGUGCCCCAUCAGGCCCUGCUGCAGACAGUGCCAGUCCUGCUCAGGGCACUCGGAGGAGGACCAGGAAUGAACGGGGAAUGCUUAAAGCAGAGCAAACCGAAACCCUGCAGGGCAAUCCAGCACAAAAUAAUGCAGUGGUGCCUAGGAGAGGAAGAGGUAAAAAAGUUAAUUUUCAGCUUGAAGAAAGCAGUUCCAAAGCAACUGAAGGAAAAAGUUUACCUGAGGGUGAUGAAGGGGUGACUGACAAAGAUAAUCCACAUGAGAGUUCUGAAAUUCCUCCUUCACAGGGAAGGAGGAGCAGGAGAAAGCAACCUGAUUCCAUCCCACAACAAGCUAGUCCUGCCUUUAUGGAAAAACCAACAUCAAGUGCAGAUUUUGGGCGAGAUGAGGCUGCUGUGCAGGAGGCAGGGUCAGCUUUGGGAGCAGAGGACAAUGCACCCAGGCGGGGCCGGAGCCGCGAGGCGGCCGCAGCCUCACAGAGCAGAUCUCCCUCUGUCAGAACCAGGCGUGGGCUGCUCCUGGAAGGUGGUGCCCAACAGGUGGCACAGAGAGAAGAGGAAAAUCCAGCUCUGGGGAACAAAACUCUACAGGCAAAAGGGAAUGCACCAGCAAGGGACAGAAGGAAAAAGAAGGAUCCAGCAGCAGAGGCAAGUAGUCCAACUCCUCUCCUGGGAAAAUGUGCCCUGUCAGAGACUCAAGAUGAAGGUACUCAGGAAGAACCAAGUGUGCCUUUGGAAGCACUGUCCUGUGCCAAGGAGAGGGCACCAGGAAGGGGCAGAAGGAAAGAAGCUGCUCUGGCAUCACACACAAGCAAUUCCAUCUCUCUUCGAGGGAAGCGCAGGUUGGCCGCAGGUGAUGGAGAAGAAGCUCCCACAGAAGAGCAGAAUGUUCCCUUAGAAACUUGUGAUCCAUCUGGAAAGGAAAAUCAACUGAGAAGAGGCAGGAGGAAGGAAAUUGCCCCCUUGGUAGAAGCCAAAAGUUCUGUUCAGGGAAACCAGGUCCUGUCAAAACAAAGUGGUAGGAGAAAUAACAGUAGGGAAGUUAAACAGAAUUUGGACAAUUCUUCCCAAGAAAAUUUGGAGCUUGUAAAAGAGAGCUCGAGGCAAGCAGCCACUUCACUGGCUCUUAGUCCCACCUCACUUCAGGGUUUGCCAGAAGAUGGUAAAGACAGAAUUCCUGAAGAAAAAAGUAAAGUUUUGGACACAGCUCCACCUGCAAAAGAAAAUCCAUCAAGAGUGGGCAGGAAGAAAACAACUUCUUCCACUUCUGAAGAAACAAUUUCCACUUCUCUCAGGGGAAAACCCAGCCUGCCCAGAGGCAGAGGUCGGAAGAGGGUUCUUCAAGAAAGUGAAGAUGCAUCUCCAGAAGAUGCCCCACGCCAAGGAAGAACCAGGCAGUUGAGAAGCAAUAGGAGGAAGGUGGAGGUGUCAGAGGCAGCUGCUUCUGCUUCUCCCCACAAAAGCAGUGACUUGGCAGGAAAUGGCAGCGCUCUGGGAGCUCAGGAUUUGAGUGGAGCUCCCACUGGUUCUGAAGAGACCCAGCCAGGACAAGGCCAGGAGGGUGCCCCUGCUCCACAGGCAGCUCCCCCCUCUCGCAGGAGGAGGUGCCAGCUGCCAGCAGAGGAUGUGCCAGCCAAAAAACUAAAACCAGGGAAUGAUGAAAAUGGGUCUCUCCAAAGAGGAAGAAGAAACAAAACUAAACCUGGAGGAGAGGAUGCAAGGGCAGCUCAGAGCACUGGAGGGAUGGAGAGGAGGACAAGAUCCAGCACAAGAACAAGGAAAUAGCCCUAGGAGUCCCAGAACCAGUUUUUAAAUCAAUUCAAUAAUUCCAAUUACAGGUUUUUUUAAUGUGAAUUGAUGUGCACUCUGAUUUUAAGCUAAGACUUGGUAAUUACAUGGUUGCUUUGCAAAAUAUAUUUCUUAAUGUGCCUACAGAUAGAAAGUAGAUAUUUCUUUAGUGGCUUUGCCAAUAUGUGGUGGUUCCUAAACCAUGGGGUGCUUGUGCAAAGCUGCAAACACAAAUUCCAUUUUGUUUGUCAGUGUUUCUGCCCUUUUUCCUGUUGAUCAGUACAACAAUCAGGAAGCUAAAGCUAUUUUCUGCUGAAAUUUUCCUAUGCUUAAGUUUUAUUUUUCGUUGAAGUUCUGUAAAUAUUCUUUAAAAAAUGUAUUAGUAGAAGUAUUAUGCUAAAUUUUUAAUAAGUUUUUUAAAAAAAUUCAAUUUGUAUUGAAAAGUGCAGGUUCUGAAGUCAUUAAACUUGUAAACACUG